AUGAACAUCUGGACAAAUCAGACUCUAGCAUGGUAUGACUUCUUCACACCAUUCAUCGCUUUUCUUUGGUAUUUGUUCCUCACGUGGUUCUUGAGCAUCACUAUCAUUCAGAAUUUCUUCAUCGGUGAUACGCCUCCCAAACAGCCACCAUUCGGCACUUAUUGCGGCUGUUGCAACUUCGGUGCUCGCAUUCGUCACCUCGUCAGCAAGAAGAAUCAA